GUAGACACCAGCCUCUACAGUCUGUCUGCUGAACAAGCUGCAUUCUUCAAGACGCAAAUUGGUAUUGAUGAUGAUGAAGACUUGAAAAGGCAUAUCCUGGAAGUUCAAGCGAAAGCAUACAUUGCAAAUCAUUCCCAGAGGACCUCACAUUUGAACUUAUCAAAUUUCGCAGUAUAUGAACAUAUCCUAAAGCUUGGUCGCGAGUGCCCCAAUGCCAUAUUUCUUGACAUUGGCUGUUGUUUUGGUGUUGACGCUGCCACGGAUGGUUUUUCUGUGAAGAAUAUUAUUGCAUCAGAUAUCAAA